AUGGCUGUCUCCGGCAAGGGAGCUCUCUCCUUCAGGGUGAUCGCUCGCGUGGGCAAGGGGGAGCAGGUGAUGGUGUGCGGAGACGCCCCGUGCUUGGGCAGCGGUGACCCGGAGAGGGCACUCCCGCUCUUCACGACUCCGGCAGACUAUCCGCUGUGGUUCAGCAAGGAAGAAUUGCCAAGACCAGCGGGAAGUAAGACGGCGCACGACUUUCGGUACUGCGUGUACCGAGGUGGCAGGGAUGGCGGCGUGGUGGUCGCAUCUUUUUACCUACCGGUCACACUCACCAGGCGCACUGCCUCCGAUACCUCUGGCGAGACGGCGGGCGUCCCCGAGGAUAAGGCUGACGGAGACGGCGGUGGCGGGGCUGACUGUGGUGGUUGGGUCGCGGAGUGGGAUCACGAGCAGCUCAUCGCUAUGCAGCCUGCGGUGGUGAAGGCCCUUCUGAAGCUCAACUGCGUGCCGGUUUUCCUGACCAAGUCGAUCACACAUCAGUGCUACUACAGCUACUGCAAAGGGGUCCUGUGGCCGGUGAUGCACGGCAUGCUGGAGAUGUACGACGACCUCCCGAACUCCCUCUUGGACGACGCGGCGAUCACGCAAGGAUGGCAAGCUUACAAGCAGGUCAACCGCGCCUUCAGGGACAAGGUCGUGGAGGUGUUCCACGAGGGGGACAUGAUCUGGAUUCACGGCUUCCACCUGGCCAUCCUACCGGCAUUCCUCGACAGGACUGUCAAGGUUGCUCGCAUCGGACUAUUCCUGCACACCCCCUUCCCCCCCGGCGAAGUGUUUCGCGCUCUGCCCCACAGAGAAGAUCUCCUCCGGGGGAUGCUCGGCGCUGAUCAGGUUGGGUUCCACCGGUUCUCAGACAGCCAGCACUUCAUGACGUCCUGCCGCCGACUGCUGGGCCUCACUCACCUUCACAGCCAAGAGACGGGAUUGGUCCAGAUCGUACACGGAGCGAAGCCGACAAUCCUGACGGCCAGACACGCCGGAGUAGACCCGGACGCCGUCAGGGCCUCGCUUCGAGAAGAGGGCUCGAGGGAGGAAGUGGACCGCCUGACCGGUCUACACGGCGAUCGCGUCGUGGUGGCGGGGGUGGAGAGGGUGGAGAAGAUCAAGGGUGUGUGGCUCAAGCUCCUGGCGUUCGAGGACAUGCUGAGGCGGUACCCGGGUCUGGUCGGGAGAGUGAGCAUGCACGAGGUGGGUAUCGCCAAUCCGGCUAGGGGGAGCGACUACCGGGCAUGCCAAGAGUCGCUGUCCGAGCUUGCGGACCGAAUGAACGCCAAGCAUGGUGCAGGCACGGUGAUCUACGAGGAACGCGACCCGAAGGAUGCCACCCUUGCCCGAAGGGCGGCCCUGAUGAGCGUUUCGUCGGUGUUCGUCAAGACUCCCGUACACAACGGCCUGAGCACGAUGCCCAUCGAGUUUCGAGUGGUGCAGGAGCACCUACGGGCAGAGGCCAGAGACAAGCAGCUAAGCGGAGGGUCGCCUGGGGUUUUGAUUCUCUCGGAGGCGGUGUCGUGCUCGCCGACGAUGCGGGGAAGCCUUUCCGUCAACCCCUGGCAGGUGGAAGCCGUGGCGGACGCGAUGGCAGACGCGGUCAUGGCGGAGGCAGGCGAAAGGAUUGCGCUGCACGAGGAGGACAUGGAGUGGUGCGAGACCAACACCACGGCCCAGUGGGCGGAAGACGUACUCGGCGUCCUUACCACGGUGCCGAAGGAAAAUCGCAACCGCUACGCCACGACCGGCCUGGGGCUGACGAGCAGAGUGGUGGGCACUGAUCCCACCUUCAAGAGGCUCGACACCAACUGUGCUCGCAGGGCCUACGGCGCUAGCAAGCAGCGGGUGUUCUUGCUAGACUACGGAGGAACCCUCGUCAAAGAAUCUCCAAUCGCACAACCGAAGGCGAUGGAUGCAAAGGCAGACUUCGACAGGAGAAAGUCUAAGGCAGCCGGGUUGCGUCCCGGCCGGGCGGUCCAGGAGGGGCUUGCUGAACUGUGCCGGGAUCCGUGCAACAUCGUGUUCGUCGUUAGUGGGCGCGGAAAGGAUGAGCUGCAGGCGGCUUUCGGCCACAUCAAGGGACUAGGACUGGCCGCGGAGCACGGGUCAUUCUACCGCUGGCCUUCGAACGACAGGGAGUCUGGUGGUGUCGGCGUCGGUGGGGACGGAUGGGAGGCUCUGCAUCCGGGCCUGAUGGACACGGCGUGGAAGUCGGUGGCGAGGCGUUUCAUGCAAAACUUCCAGGGCGAAGCCACAUCGCCGGUUCGGAGGUUCUAUAUUUGGACCAAUCAGAAGGACACGUUUGUCGUCGUGUCGGCCAAUCAGGUCCACACCCACGGGUCGUACAUCGAGGAGAAGGGCACCGCGAUGCUGUGGCAUUACGGGGACGCAGAACCGGAAUUCGGAGCCAUGCAGGCCAAGAAGCUGCAAGACGAGCUGACGGACGUCCUCCGUUUCUCUGGCGCGACGAACACCCCCGUCGAAGGCGUCCUUUUCGCGGGAACCACCCCCGCCGGGACAACAACCGGAGUUGUUGGAGGCGGCGGCGGCGGCGGCGGCGGCGGGGGAAUCGAAAACAUUAACAUCUGCAAGAACAGCGGCAGCAGCAAAGCCGCCAGCAUGAGCAAGAUGAUGAUGGGCUUGAACGUGAACGUCAGCACUACCGCCGUGACGGGAUCGACGCGGUCUAAUUCUGUGGCUUCGUUUGCCUCGGAGGGGUUUGGUGCUAUCGAGAUCACCCACGAGGACGGGCUGAACUCGGACACUGGCAGCGGCGGCGCUUACCUUGAGGUGCGUGCGAGGGGAGCGAACAAAGGCAACUUCGUGCACAUGGUGCUGGACCGCCUGGGGUGGCCGUCCGAGGUUUCGAGCUUCCCCGCUCCGGCUGACGCCACGGACACAGACGCAGCCGUGUCGACUGCCUCGUCUGCCGGAGGAAGGUUCUGCCUCUGCGUGGGAGACGAUGUCAGCGACGAGGAAAUGUUCAUCGCCGUCAAGUCGUACGAAGGAGUGGCCACGUCCAAGGGACAAUGCUCCGUCGGCCCCUCCGCCUCCCCCGCCUCUGCUCCGUUUCACACGGACGGGCCGGGAGCCGAAGCUGCCCCAGCGUUUACUCCCCCUUCCGUCUUGCCCACCGGCAAGGAGAACGUGACGCCUGCUGCGGAGUCGGGGCGCCACCAGGCCAUGCAGCAGCAGCAGCAGCCGCCGCCGCCGCAGACGCAUCUGUUUACGGUUACGGUGGGGAGCAAGCCGUCUGACGCGGAUGCUUGGCUGCCGGGGGUUACCGCCGUCGUCUCACUGCUGCGCAUCCUGGGAAGGGUGACCUCCCGACACGGGACUGCGCAACGGUCCAUGCUCGCACCCCGCGCGGCAGCGGUGGGCAUCUCCAACUCCCCCAUGCUAGAGCCCCACAGAGGGAUGACACAAUCCGUGUCCCCUACCCGAUCCUUCCGGUCCGCCUCUGCUAGUAACGCCGACGCCGGUGAUGCUACCGCUAGUGGCACUACCGUCAAGAACCACUCGUCCAUGGCGUCGUUUGCGGACGGCGGGGGGGCGUUCGACCCCAUCCCCGAGGUCUCGAUGGCCGUUCGGGCGAUGAACGUCGGGCAGGGGAUGCCCGUCGUACGGCGGCACUCGUACACGAUCGGGGGAAAGCCUAGGAUUUCGCUCUCAUUGGCCGAGUUCCUUCAGUCGGUAGCGCAGCCGGAAUCGGAGCCGCCGAGCUUCUGA